CGAAGAAGAGGAAGAAGAAGAAGAAGAAGAAGAAGAAGAAGAAGAAGAAGAAGAAGAAGAAGAAGAAGAAGAAGAAGAAGAAGAAGAAGAAGAAGAAGAAGAGAAGACAUUAGAGACCAGCAGAAUCUUAGCUGGAUGCAUCUCCCCCACACCCAUACACCCACUCAAAAAAAAUUACUCUAUUAUAACACUUUUUUUUUUCUCACUCUAUGAUUCCACCUUUUCACAAAAUAUUAUCACUCACUAUCUCUCUUUCUGUCUGGUAAGAGAGAAAAUGAAGCAAAGCAAAAUAAAAGAAAAAGUGUCCCACACAUAUCACUGAACCAUUACUGCAAAACCUUCCUUUCUUCUUUCAUUUCUCAAACAUUUUUUCUCACAAUAUGUUUAAUUCCUUCUUCUUCUUCUUCCUCUUCCCUCUGUUUUUUCAAUGUAAAUCUUCUGAAAUACCUCGUAGAUUGCUUCACCAACCAUUUUUCCCUCUUGAUUCUGUUCCUCCGGCGGAGCCACCGUCCACUCCCAUACCCCCGCCCCCCAAUCCCAAAUACCCAUUUUCCACUACCCCACCUACUAAUCCUGACGGCUCUCCAUUUUUUCCAACUUAUCCCGGAACCCCACCUCCUCCGGCACCGGCGAGUUUCGCAUCCUUUCCGGCUAAUAUCUCUUCUUUGAUUUUACCUCGUUCGUCUCAGUCUGGUUCAAGUUCCAAGAAGGUUGUUCCUUUGGUUAUUGCUGGGGUUGUUUCUGCUGUUUUGGUUGCCUGCAUUGCUUGGUUUUUGUACAGGCGGAGACGGCGUGGUCGUCGGUCCAGCGAUGACAAGACGUACAGAUCGGAAAAUAGUAGCCGGUUGUGUCCGGUUACGAAUGUUGAAGUCGGUAAUGGAAUACCUAAGUUGAGACAUCCCUCUGCUACUAGCUCUGAGUUUCUGUAUUUGGGUACUCUUGUGAACUCGAGAGCGAUCGAUGAGCGUUCUGUUGGAGGAGCUCGUGUUGCUGAUCCUAGACCGUUGGAUUCGCCGGAGCUUCAUCCGCUUCCGCCGUUGAAUUUUGGUCGGUCGAGUGAGAAGCAAAAUGGUGGAAAUGGAGAGGAGAGAUCGAUGGGAGACGAGGAGGAAGAAGAAUUUUACUCACCUAAAGGUUCUCUCGGCGCAAUUGGCUCGGGAUCUCGAAGAGUUCUUGCAACAAUGGCGGCUGAAGAUUUGCUUGGUAAAACCAGCGAUUCGAGUACCACUUCGUAUUCCACAUCCAGCGGUUCCAUUUCGCCGGCGAGAUCACGUUCUAAGAGUCUCUCUUUAUCUCCACCGGGGAGCCUGAGCCCUAGAAGAUCCGUUCAAAAUGAAUCUUCUAAUUUCUCUGUUUCUGCUACUGUAGCGACGGAGCAGCAUUCGCCACCAUUAACGCCGCCUCUUUCUCACGGCGAAGUGGAAUCAGACGAUGGCGUUAAAUCCCAUUGCCCAUCUCCAAUGCGUUUAUCGACGGACAAAGUUCCGGAGAAGAAUUCCACCGCAUCUUCAUCCCGGAGAUAUUCUAAUGUUUCUAUACACAGUGUGAUGUUCCCAAUUUUAACAACUGAUAAGGAUUUGGUUAAUCAUGCUGAUACGAACAAUCAUCACGAAGAAUCUCCAAGACAAUCCGAUAAUUCAGAUCCAGACGAGCCAUUUCCCUUUUCUCCUUGUUUAUUUCCUCUUUCAGAUGGAGUUUUAGGGCAAAUUCAGAUUCAAUUGCCCACAGUUUCAAACAUUCCCGAUUCGGAUUCUGAUGCAAAACUUAAGCAACUUCCUUACUCUUUUACUUCAUCUUCACCUACAUCAUCACCGGAGAGAGUUGUUAUGGACUCAUCUCCGUCAAGAGCAUCCAUUAUUUCAGAUCAAAACAGGUCUUCUCCACUAUCACCAGAGAGAAUUGUGUUGACUGAUUCAGAUUCAUCAAAUAAAACUUUAGACCAUCUUGAUGAUGUAGAAUCUUCUUCUCCUAACAUCAAUACCACUGAUUUGGGUCCUCUGCAAUUGCCGGCUCCUCCACCACCUCCACCGCCUCCGCCUCCACCUCCACCACCCCCACCACCCCCACCACCCCCCACCACCCCCGCCACUGGUAGCUCCUCUGCCAGAACGACGGGACAUGCCCAUUUCUCCUUCAACACCAAUGGACCAAUCCAUUCCAAACGCACCUCUCCAUUAAUUCCUCCAUUAAGGCCCUUUAUAAUGGAGAAUGUGAAUAAUGUCUCACCAAUUCAGUUGCCAUCCUGCAAAAGCAAUGGUGAAUCCUCUGAAGACACCCCUAAGCCCAAGUUGAAGCCAUUACAUUGGGACAAAGUAAGGGCCAGUUCUGAUCGUGAGAUGGUGUGGGACCAACUUAGAUCAAGCUCCUUUAAAGUGAAUGAGGAAAUGAUUGAAAGUUUGUUUAUUGUGAAUACUUCCAACUCAAAGGAGACAACUCCACGCACUGUUCUUCCUCCACCUAACCAAGAGAUCGGAGUUCUGGAUCCCAAAAAGUCGCAGAACAUUGCAAUUGCAUUACGGGCGAUUAAUGUGACCAUAGAAGAAGUUUGUGAUGCCCUUUUAGAAGGUAAUGCAGAAGCACUUGGAGCAGAGCUACUUGAAAGUUUAUUGAAGAUGGCUCCAACAAAAGAAGAAGAACGUAAAUUAAAGUCAUCCAAGGAUGUCUCGCCUACAAAAUUCGGCCCUGCUGAGAAAUUUUUGAAGGCAAUCCUUGAUGUUCCUUUUGCGUUUAAAAGGGUGGAUGCAUUGCUUUACAUUGCAAAUUUCGAGUCCGAGAUUGAAUACCUAAAGAAAUCAUUCGAAAAUCUCGAGACUGCUUGCGAGGAAUUGAGGAAUAGCAGGAUGUUCUUGAAACUUUUGGAAGCUGUGCUCAAGACCGGGAAUCGCAUGAAUGUUGGCACCAACCGUGGCGAUGCCCACGCCUUCAAACUUGACACACUUUUGAAGCUUGUCGAUGUCAAGGGGGCAGAUGGAAAGACCACUCUUCUGCAUUUUGUUGUACAAGAAAUCAUAAGAAGUGAAGGAGCUCGUCUUUGUGUCACAAGUCAAAUUCCGAACUCCAACCCGAUUGAUGACGCCAAAUGUCGGAAACUCGGCCUUCAAGUUGUUUCGGGUCUCAGCUCGGAGCUCGCCAACGUAAAAAAGGCAGCUUCAAUGGAUUCCGAUGUGCUUAGUGGUGAGGUCAUCAAGCUUUCAAGAGGACUCGACAACAUCAGAGAGGUUUUACGUCUAAACGAGGCAGACGGGCCAAACGAAAACACGGAAAAGUUCUCGGAUUCAAUGAGCAGAUUCUUGAAAAUGGCAGAAGAGGAUAUCAUCAGAGUCCAAGCCCAUGAAAGUGUUGCUUUAUCUCUAGUAAAGGAGAUCACAGAGUACUUCCAUGGCAACUCUGCCAAAGAAGAAGCGCAUCCAUUUAGAAUUUUCAUGGUGGUGAGAGAUUUCCUAACAAUUCUUGAUGGUGUCUGCAAAGAAGUCGGGAUGAUAAACGAGCGGACAAUUGUAAGUUCCGCGCAUAAGUUUCCAGUUCCAGUGAAUCCAACAUUACCGCAAGCAUUUCAAGCUCUUCAUAGAGUGCAGAAAUACAAUUCUUCUGAUGAAGAAAGUGAACAAUCCCCAUAAAGAGGAGUUAGAAGGGGAGGUAAAAUAUGAAGAUCAGAUAGCUUUUUCUUCUUCUUUUAGCUGUGUCUUGUUUUCUAGAAAAUGGUGUGGAAGUUGGUGGUUUGAGUAAAAUUCCACUUUCUCCUCAAUUUCUACUUGUGUAAAUGCAUAAUGUAAAAGUUUUUGAACUGAGUUCUUUGUAGAAGAUAUAUAUAAAGAAAUGAUAUAAUACCAAGUUCCUAUUUA